CUCUAGACUCGCAACACAGACCUAAAAAAUAUCAAAAUGUUCAAAUUGGUGGUGUUGUUCGCUCUCGUAGCCGUAGCCGUUGCCAAACCAGGAUACCUUGGUGCACACUUGGGAUACUCCGCAUUGUCCGCUCCAUUGGUUCAUUCUGCUCCAUUGGCUGUAGCUGCUCCAGUAGCGGUAGCCCACAGCGUUGCCGUUCCAGCCGCCGUCAGCAGCACCUACAGAAAGGAUGUUAUCAGCAAACCAAUUGUAGCUACCUACGCCGCCCCAGCUGUUGUAGCCGCCCCACUCGUUCACAAGACCAUCGUAGCUGCUCCAUCUUUGGCUUACUCCUAUGCUGCUCAUGUGCCAUCUGUCCAUGCCUGGUAGAGAGAGGACUGAUAAAACUGUGUAUAUAUUAAGAAAAUAAAUAAAAAUUAUAUUUUAAUAUAUUUUUGUGUUUUACAAUGUUGAAAAUCCUAUGGUUUAUU